UACAAUCAUUUGAAUAUAUAUAACAGUAUAUAGAGAAAGUGAAGAAUUCGCGUCUUAAUAAAUAUUGCUGCAGUAAUCGUGCUCCAGAGCCCAUAUCGUGUAUAGUAUAAAUAUAUAUAUUAUAUAUAUCGGGUUUGACAAGUUUGCAGCUGUCAGUGGCAUUUGAGCUGGCGAGGCACGAAGAUCAAUUAACGCGCAACAUGGGCAAUGUACUGGAAGCGAAAAUAUCCUGUGACAAGCCGGUGGCCGUGGUCCAACCCAUGCCAGUGGCUGAGGAAUCGGUGUCUCACGAGGACGAGGCAGAGGCGUAUCCCAAGGCAAACGUUAGCUUGCAUUUGUUUCAUUAUCGCCAGCAAAUGGCGCUCAAGGAUCAGCAUGUGGUCAAGUGGGCCACCUCGAAGCUGCUGCUCACCGAGGAGCUGCUCAAGCAGCAGGAGCUCUCCCAGCAGUACCAGCAGAAACUCGAGCUGUCAGAGUUGCGUAUGGAUGAGGAAGAUGAUGCUGCCUGGGCGGAGCGCCAAUUGGCCAUAUUAACCGACGACGAGGACGAUUCAGAGAAUGCUGAGAAUCUGGCGCCCAUAGACCAAGGAUUGGGCACCGAACUCAGCCAUCUAAUCAAGUACAGACUAAAGCUGCGCAACACCAUCGUCGAGGUGGCCCAGGAGAAGAUGCGCAAGCGGGAGAAGACGAAACUGAAGCGUUUGAAACGCCGCACGCUCAUCUCCUCGAAGAAGCCCAGCAACAAGGACAAGCAUCGACGGUCAUAUUAAGAGUUAAAGUUCGAUUUAUAUUUUUUGUACAUAUAUUCAGCAUAUACUUCAUAUAUGUAAUUGCAAUCAGUUAUAGUUAAUAUUCUUAUUCCUAGUAAUAUUUAUAAACAUAGAAGU